UUUUAGCUCCUCCUGUGUAACCAGUUGCCCUUUUGGAAAUUGCGCGGGUAUCGUGGCUGGAUGCCAGUGUCACUGACGGGUCUUCAGCGUAUCAUGCAGAAGUAACAUGUUCCCAGCAUUGGAAAAGGAGCUAAAGCAGGAGACUCUUCCUGAUCCCUAUGAAGACUUUAUGUACCGUCACCUCCGGUACUAUGGCUACUUUAAAGCUCAGAGAGGCAGUUUGCCAAGCUCUGCGACGCCCCAGCGUGUUUGGAAGAAUAAUCCUCGAUACCUGUUGAGUGGCUCUUUUAGAGAAAGAGAUGAUUUGAUACCAGACCCUCUGCAAAAGGAGAAGCUUCUAUGGCCCACCUGUCGAUACUCAACUGUGCACAGACAGAUAGAAGCUGUGAGCAGAGAUUCCCUUAUGCUGAAGUCACCACUUCUCCAGAGCAGACGGCUUCUUCAUGAUGAGUUUGGCAAAGUAAACCCACAACGUCGAGAGCCCCGAGAUCUCUUUGCCUUUUUGUCUAGCAGCGGGGCAUUGCAGGCUCCAAGAUGGCCAGUGGAAUGUGAGGUCAUCAAGGAAAACAUUCAUCAUAUUGAGUGGGUUCCACCUCAACCGGAAUAUUUCUAUCAACCUACAGGAAAUGAAAAGCUACCAGAAAUUGUAGGAGAGGAAAAAGGCACAGUUGUCUAUCAAUUAGAUUCAGUGCCCGCUGAAGGCUCCUACUUCACCAGUUCCAGAGUGGGAGGCAAACGAAUUAUCAAGGAACUCGCCGUCAUGUUGCAAGGACCAGAAGAUAAUACUCUACUGUUUGAAUCAAGGUUUGAGAGUGGCAAUCUGCAAAAAGCUGUCAGAGUAGACACCUAUGAGUAUGAACUCACCUUGCGAACUGACCUCUACACGACCAAACACACUCAGUGGUUUUAUUUUCGAGUUCAGAACACCAGAAAAGAUGCCACCUAUCGCUUCACCAUCGUCAACUUGCUAAAACCCAAGAGCCUUUAUACUCUAGGGAUGAAGCCCCUCAUGUACUCCCAACUGGAUGCCAACACCCGCAACGUUGGCUGGAGGAGAGAAGGAAAUGAAAUCAAGUACUACAGGAACAACACGGAUGAUGGGCAGCAGGCCUUUUACUGUCUCACGUGGACCACUCGGUUUCCGUACGACCAGGACACCUGUUUCUUUGCACACUUCUACCCAUACACGUACACGGAUUUGCAGUGCUACCUCCUGUCCGUGGCAAACAACCCUGUCCAGUCUCAGUUCUGCAAGCUCCGAACUUUAUGCAGGAGCCUGGCAGGAAACACCGUCUACCUGCUCACCAUCACCAACCCAUCCCGGACCCCCCAAGAGGCAGCUGCAAAGAAAGCCGUGGUCUUGAGCGCCCGAGUCCACCCCGGGGAAAGUAACGGCUCCUGGAUCAUGAAAGGCUUCUUGGACUUCAUCCUUAGCGACUCCCCAGAUGCCCAGCUCCUCAGAGAUAUCUUUGUCUUCAAAGUGGUUCCCAUGUUAAAUCCAGACGGAGUAAUUGUGGGGAAUUAUCGGUGUUCGUUGGCUGGAAGGGACUUGAACAGGCAUUAUAAAACCAUUCUUAAGGAGUCUUUCCCUUGCAUCUGGUACACCAGAAACAUGAUCAAGAGACUUCUUGAAGAAAGGGAGGUUCUCUUGUAUUGUGAUUUCCAUGGCCACAGCCGGAAGAAUAACAUCUUCCUGUAUGGCUGUAAUAACAACAAUCGCAAGUACUGGCUUCAUGAGCGAGUCUUUCCUUUAAUGUUAAGCAAAAAUGCACCAGAUAAGUUCUCUUUCCAUAGUUGUAAUUUUAAGGUCCAAAAGUGCAAAGAAGGAACAGGACGAGUGGUGAUGUGGCGGAUGGGAAUCCUCAACAGCUACACCAUGGAGUCGACCUUUGGCGGCUCCACCCUGGGCACUAAAAGAGACACUCACUUUACCACUGAGGACCUGAAGUCUCUAGGUUAUCAUGUCUGUGACACCCUUCUGGACUUCUGUGAUCCUGACCGAGCCAAGUUCACACAGUGUCUGGCAGAGCUUAAAGAGCUCUUACAACAGGAAAUCCAUAAGAAAUUCAAUGAACUUGGACAAGAUAUGGAUUUAGAAGGAAAUUGGAGUGACAUCUCCUUGUCUGACAUUGAAUCCAGCACCAGUGGUUCUGACAGCUCCUUCUCAGAGGGUCUCCCUGCUCACCUGCUGAACAUAGCACAUGAGUUGAAUCAGAAGAAGAUGCAUAAGAAGAAAAAAAAGAAGCCACUUCAGACUAGGAAACAGCGAAAUGAGCAGUAUCAGAAAAAUAAUUUGAUGCGGGAGUUGAAGUUAACAGAAGAUGCUCCAGAAAGGGCAGGGUUUGCUUCUACUCUGCCAAAACAGCCUACCUUUUUCAAAAAUUCAGAGAAUACCAGUUCUUCAACAAUGAAAAAUGAAAAACCAAGGUUGAAUGAGUCACAGUUAAGUGGAAGAAACAAAGGCACCUCCCUGGACCCAUCAAAAAUGACUGCCUUGAUUCUGACUACAAAUAAAGAGAGAACACAGAGAGAGAAGCCCGGAUUUACAGUAUCGUGCUCUCCGAAGAGAAGCACAGACCCCAGCCAAGAGCCAGCUCUGGAUAUGAAGCCCACCUGGUCCAGGAACAGAUAUCCUGCUGCAAAGAGAGGCCGCGCCACCAUGGCGGCAUACCCGUCUUUGCACGUGUAUACAUACCCCUAAGGCGCAUGGGCCGCGCCACACAGGCGCUUCCUGGUGUGUUUUGACAUGUUUGUACCGAGGGGAGUUGUGUGAUUGGGAACUGUGUUCCUUUGUGGUAUACUCU